CGAAGGAGCAAUCUCAGUUCCCCACUUUCAUGAGUCCUUCUUUCAGUCUGAUUGUGUUGAUGCCUAUGCUGAGUUGCUGAUCUUUGAUACUACCAAAUGUAAUCUACCAAACCUGCAAGCUACGACCAAGUCCCUGACAUGCAUCGCGCUUCUUUGAAAGCUCAUACUAUAAAAACGUCUACAUUGCCAAAAGCAACAAACCAGCUGUUGACGUCCAUUACACAGAAAUCACACGGACGUAUAAGCCUUACCAGGAAUUUACUCCAUAACUCAUAUUAAAUAUGGCAUCUUCCACUAGUUCAAGCAAUACUCCCCUAUUACCACACCUGCAUAUCCUGUGCAUGGAUUCGGCUGCGGAACAAGCCUGGGAAGCUGCAGUCAAGCAGUAUAAACUUAACUCAUCUCCCCAUCUGAAGUACACAAUUCACGACUGCGCCUUAUCCCAGGUGUCUUCAGAGCUGCGCUUCGACGCCGUCGUCUCGCCAGCAAACUCGUACGCAAUCCUAGACGGCGGGUUCGACGACGCCAUCUCCCGCGCCUUCUCGCCAAGGGACGACUACGCAGCCCUCACGCGCCACGCGCAGGCCCAACUCUACACGACCCACCGCGGCUACCUGCCGCCCGGCCAGUGCCAGAUCGUCCACCUCCCCGGCGAGUGGCGCGAGGCCGCCCGCCUGCGCUACCACGACGGCUCGGGCUGGGGCGCCCGCUACCUGCUCCUGCUCCCCACCAUGCGCGUGCCGGGCCGCUGCGACUGGAACAAGGAGCUCGUCUACGAGUGCGUCUGGUCCCUGCUGAACCGGGUUGAGAGGCACAACGACUCGGUCGCCGAGGGCAGGGGCGGAGAGGGCGGCGAGGAGCCCGGCCGGGCGUCCGCGAUCGCGAGCCUGCUCAUGACCCCGCUGGGCACCGGCACCGGGCGUGUGAGCUACGAGAGGUGGGCGAGGCAGGCUGUGCUGGCUAUCAAGCACUGGGUCGACAGUGUCGAGGAUCCUGAGAGGUUCAUGGAGCGGGACUGGGCCGACCUGGCGAGGGUGCACGCUGAGUUGCAGCUGACGCAUAAUAUAUGAGGGGAGGUCGACUGGACCACGGUUUGAGGUUGUGUAAAAUCACCAGACGGAGGCGCCGUUGGUGUGAUUUACGACUCUGGCUCCGUGGUUGGAUGAAACUUGGCUCGAAGCCAGGGUAUAAAGCAAUUCACAUCUGAAGCACUCAGGAUCAUGCGGACAGGUCGAAGCUCUGGUUCAUAUUAGGUUAGUGCAUUGUUUGAUAUUCUCGUCCCGUACCUUCGGCAGAGCCAUGCCCGACAUGUAGAUAAUUGAAUUUGGAACAACAUUAUUCUUUGGCCACUAUUCCAUGAACCCAUAGAGCUCGUAUUUGGAAUCUAUCAUUGUUCAAACCUCCAAUCACAUUACUGGAUAUAUACUACUCGGUAUAGCGCAAUAAUAUCAAGUAACGCUACUUGUCUGUUUAAAUAUAGCUAAUUAGCAUACUUAGUUCUGCUUUUUGUCAAGAGGC